AUGCCGCCUUCUCCUUCCCGAGGUCUCACUAUAACCAAAAUUCGCAAGUUUAUUCCCCAAUCGUGGAAACAGACGCCACCGAGACCAAUCCCAGAAACCCACUAUGAAUCAGUUCCUGAUGCUCUUUUCAAAUCAUUCGGACAUUUCAUCGACUAUGGUCAUUUGUAUGAAGCUUUCAGAGCUUUCUCUCUCCUUCUUCACCAGUCUGGUUCUCAUGAAUACGUUUUGCAAUCAGCGGCUUCUCUUUUAUCGACUUGCGUUGAGUUUAAUGAUUUUGUUCCAGGGCAGCAAAUUCACGCUCAUUGCAUAUCUUCUGGUUUGGAGUUUGACCCUGUUUUGGUACCAAAGCUGGUUACUUUCUACUCUGCCUUUAAUCUUCUUGAGGAAGCUCAGAUCAUUACUGAGAGCUCUGACAUUUUGCAUCCUUUGCCCUGGAAAGUGCUCAUCGAUUCUUAUGUUAGGAACAAACGGUUUGAGGAGGCGGUUUCUGCUUACAAGCGAAUGGUGAGUAAAGGAAUUCGACCGGAUGGUUUUACUUACCCUUCGGUUCUUAAGGCAUGUGGAGCAUUACUGGAUUAUGCAUCUGGAAGAGUGGUUCAUGGCUCCAUUGAGGUUAGCUCUCAGAGGGGAAGCUUGUAUGUCUGCAAUGCGUUGAUAUCGAUGUAUAAAAGAUUUGGUAAAGUAGAUAUUGCUCGGAAAUUGUUUGACAGGAUGUCUGCGAGGGAUGCUGUCUCGUGGAAUGCAGUAAUUACCUGUUAUGCUUCUCAAGGCAAUUUGGAGGAAGCUCAUAAGCUUUUUUACAGAAUGGAUCUCUCUGGUGUAGAAGCGACUGUUGUAACUUGGAACACAUUAGCUGGAGGUUAUUUGCAGAUAGGAAGUUACGUAGAGGCUUUGAAUGUUGUCGCUAAGAUGAGAAAUGGCAAUGUAAGUUUAGAUUCUGUAGCUUUGAUUAAUGGUUUAAAGGCAUGCUCACACAUUGGAGCGAUAGAAAGGGGAAAAGAAUUUCAUUGCCUUGCAAUCCGUUGUUGUUACCAUCGAAUUGACAAUGUUCGAAAUUCGUUGAUCACAAUGUAUUCAAGAUGUGACGAUCUUAGGCACGCCUUGAAAGUGUUUCAGCAGAUUGAAGCAAAUAGUUUGAGUACAUGGAAUUCUAUUAUUUCCGGUUAUGCACACAACGAGAGAUCAAAAGAAACCUUUUCCCUGCUCAAGGACAUGUUGCUUGCUGGCUUUGACCCAAAUUACGUUACGCUUGCAAGCAUUCUCGCACUUUGUGCUAAGGUGGCAAACCUGAAACAUGGGAAAGAGUUUCACUGCUACAUCCUGAGGCGUCAAAGCUUCAAGGACUGUUUAAUCCUGUGGAACUCCCUUGUUGAUAUGUAUGCAAAAUCCGGGAAAAUCGUAGCUGCCAAGCAGGUAUGUGAUUCGAUGAGCAAUAGGGACAUAGUGACAUACACUUCCUUGAUAGAUGCAUAUGGCAUGCUGGGUAAAGGAGAAAUCGCCUUGGCUUGGUUCAACAAUAUGAUAAGAUCCGGUAUCAAACCCGAUCAUGUAACUAUGGUUGCAGUUUUAUCAGCUUGCAGCCAUUCCAAUUUACUGCGUAAAGGACAAAACCUGUUUAACAAGAUGCAGGGUGUGUUUGGUAUACACCCUCGCCUCGAACACUUUUCUUGUAUGGUUGAUCUUUAUUGCAGAGCAGGUGACCUGGCUACAGCCAGAGAUAUAAUCGGCAGAAUCAGUUAUGAGCCAUCUAGUGCAAUGUGUGCUACUCUUGUAAUAGCCUGCCUCGCCCGCGGGAACAAAGACAUUGGUGAAUGGGCUGCUGAUAAGCUGGUACUGGAAAUGAAGUCAAAGAAGUUGGAUCACUAUGUAUUGAUUAGAGAUAUGUAUAAAUCUAGUGGUUCUUGGAAAAAGCUUGCAAAGGUGAAGAAGAUUUUGAUGAGUUUACAAAAGGAUCGUCAUGAGUUUGCUUUCUUGGAAACAAGUAAGUCAGAUGGAUUGAAUAAGGCAAUGAUUGGAUCUUCUUCUUCCAUCAAUCAGGAGGAAGAAGAACAUCUUGUACAAGUAGGAUAA